AACUGCUGCCGGCUUCAGGCGGUGCCUCGUGUUAGCUCGCUCUUUUCUGGCGGGCCGGCCAUCUUGGCGGUUCGUCUGCGGUGAUCGGGGCCGGGCCGGGGGCGCGGGGGCCGCUCCGUGAGCUGCUGCCGGGUUCUGCUGCCGGGUUCUGACCACUCCCCUACAUCCCCCUGUGUUCCAGUUACCACCCGACCCCGCGCGAGGCAUCAACAUGGUGGCCGCGAAGAAGACGAAAAAGUCCCUGGAGUCCAUUAACUCCAGGCUUCAGCUGGUUAUGAAAAGUGGCAAAUAUGUGCUUGGGUACAAACAGACCCUGAAAAUGAUUCGUCAGGGCAAAGCCAAGUUGGUCAUCCUCGCCAACAACUGUCCUGCUUUGAGAAAAUCAGAGAUUGAGUACUACGCUAUGCUUGCCAAGACCGGUGUCCAUCAUUAUAGUGGGAACAACAUUGAGUUGGGCACAGCAUGUGGAAAGUACUACAGAGUGUGCACACUGGCCAUCAUUGACCCAGGUGACUCUGACAUCAUUAGAAGCAUGCCAGAACAAACCAGUGAGAAGUAAAUGCUAUAAAGGUGUUAUUUCUACAAUAAAACUGGUUACAGUUUUCUUUAAAGAAAAAUUUGUAUUAUAACUUUGUUGGUUUUAGGGAACAGACUAUAUAAAUGAAGAUUCAUUA